AUGGUAAAGCCUGGAGUUGCAACAGCUGCAAAGAUAAGUGAGAGCACAAGAUUUUAUCCCUACUUCAAGGACUGUAUUGGAGCUAUCGAUGGUACACAUAUUUUUGCAAUGAUACCAACUUCUGAUGUUCCAAGCUAUCGUAAUCGCAAAGGAUUUAUAUCACAAAAUGUCCUUGCUGCUUGCAACUUUGAUUUGGAAUUCAUGUAUGUUCUUAGUGGAUGGGAAGGAUCAGCCCAUGAUUCGAAAAUUUUAAGUAAUGCUUUGACCAGGCACUGUAGCAGAUUAACCGUUCCAGAAGGUAUGUACCUAAGUUCGGAAGUUAUCCCUCCAAACAAUGAUCAAGCAAAUUUUGAAGAAGUUGUACAUGUUGGUGCUCUUGAAUCUCAGCAAAGAGAAUAUGCUAACAAUUGGAGAGACACAAUAGCUUUAAGCAUGUGGAAUGACGCUGUAGAAGAUGGAAGUCAGCGUUAA